AUUAAUAAUCAAACGUGCCCUAAGAAAAAAAAUCAGGGAUUCCAAAUCCUAUUCCAAUUAGUAUUUCCAUUAAAUAAAAACCUUUCAUCUCCACAGUGAUACAAAUAACCCUAACUCUGUAUAUACACAAAUUAAACCUAAUAACAAAUCAAGAAGACGGUGUAUAGAAGAGACUGCAUUUAGUCCGUCAGUGCGGCGGUUUCCGGCAGAUUGCAAGGAACCAGUCCACCAGAGUAAGCCGGUAGCGUUCGAAUCAACGGACCGACUGUUCGAGAUCAACAAUGAAAAAAGCUGAGAUGUCAGAAUACUUGCCUGAAGAGGUAAUUAUUGAAAUAUUAAGCAGAUUGCCUGUCAAGUCAAUUUUGAAAUUCACAUGUGUCUGCAAAUUAUGGAAUUCUAUCAUCAAAACCCCUGAUUUCAUAUCCACUUUCUCAUCAAACAAACAUGACAAUUACAUCUUCCUGCUUCACCCUCAUAAGUUUGAUUACCGAUUCUGUAUGCAUUUCGACAACAAAGAUUUCGACGAAUACCUAUCCGUCCAACCACUCUUGAACCAAGCCAACGUCUCCGAAGUGAUCGGCUCGAGUAACGGUCUUGUCUGCCUCUUAUGCACCUACGCUAACACCAUUAACUCUAUGCGCGAUAUAUAUAAGUUUGUUAUUUGGAACCCUUCCAUUAGAAAAUAUUUGCUGGUACCUGAACCUAGUUUUCCCAUUCUAGGUUCACCUUACCCUUCAACUCGCCCAAAACUAGUCGGGUUUGGCUAUGAUACAAGGUUUAACGAUUUCAAAUUGUUUGUGGCUCAGUAUGCUAACUCGGUUACGAAUAUGGGUCUCUAUUCACUCAAUUCUAACACUUGGAAGACAAUCAAUGUUUCUCACAGCUUUAGAAAUCACAUAUAUUGUUUAUGCUCUUCGACUUUUAUCGAUGGUAGAUUUUAUUGGCAUCCUUACGAGAUAAGUAGGAAGUUGGUAUUGGUGUUUGAUUUAAGAGAUGAGAUGUUUGGAGAGAUAACGUUGCCCGCUGUAUGUUUGGAAGGUGUUCCCUUUAGAGAUUUUCAAAUCAAAGCAUUUGGAGAAUCAUCCAUCGCGGUCAUCGUUCAAACGGAUUUUUAUGAGAAUGAAAUAUGGGUGAUGAAAGAGUACGGGGCUGGUGAAUGGGUGAUGUUAGCUAGAGUUGGAAAACGUUGGAGAGGAUCGUCAAAUGUGAUUGAGUUUAGAGAUAAUGGUGAAAUACUAGUUUAUUUCUGUAGAGGGCAACGCUUAGCCUCGUAUAAUUUAAAUGGACGGAUAAAAAAUCUACCUUCCUUGAGCGGUGAAAAUCAUAGAUCAAGGCCUCCUUUUGCUUGUAGGUAUGUGGAGAGCCUAGCAUUACUUGACAAAGGUAAUGAUGUUUCAAACGAGCUGCCAAUUUCAUUUAUGAGUCAUGAGUGACACGGCUCAUGAGAGAAUACGUCGUGGAGGUUCUCAUGGACAAUUCUUCCUGUUUUGGCUAUGUGGAGAGAAGCAUCAUUGGGGAACUGGACGAAGAGCUUGAUGCGAACCUCGACUUGGGAAGCAUGAGAGCUCCAAUCAUCACAUGAUCAACUGUGAACCAAGUAUAGUGUGUAAUAAAAGAAUUAUAUUGAACGUUGCGCUGAAUUGGAAGUAAAUAUUUUGUGCUUAUUCUGUGUGUCGAAUGUGAUUUUAUUGAAUUAA